ACGCAGUGCUCGUCCGGUCAGCGUGGGGAUUAAACGGUGGACCAUGUCGCAUGGGAGGAUCGUCGCGUGUUUGUGGAUUACGGCGCUGACGGCGGGCGUGUGCGCGCGGAAGCAGGACGACUCGUUCUUCACCGGCAGUAUCUACCGAGCGAGAUGUGCGUCGAGGUGUCUCAGUCUGCACAUCACUCGCAUCUCCGCUUUCUUCAAACACUCACAGAAUAAUGGAUCGUUGGUGUGGUGCCAGAAUCACAAGCAGUGCUCCAAGUGCCUGGAGCCCUGCAAGGAAUCUUGGGACCUGAAGGAAAAUCAGUGCCAGGAUUUGUGCGAGCCGCUCUUUCCCAAGAAGCACUACGAGUGUCUGACCAGCUGCGAGUUCCUAAAGUCGGUGGAGAGCGUGAAGCAGGGUGACUGCCCUGCGCCGGAAAAGGCCAGCGGCUUUGCAGCGGCCUGUGUGGAGAGCUGCGAGGAGGACGGCGAGUGUUCAGCUGUCAAAAAGUGCUGCUCCAACGGCUGCGGACACACCUGCCAGCUGCCUAAGAACCUCUACAAAGGAGUCCCCUUGAAGCCCAGGAAAGAGCUGCUCUUUGUGGAGCAGCCGUCAGGUCAGCUGGAGAUCCGCUGGUCCUCCAAGUUCAACAUCUCAGUGGAGCCCGUCCUCUAUGUGGUCCAGCGCCGUUGGAACUAUGGCAUCCAUCCCAGCGAGGAUGAUGCUACCGAGUGGCAGACUGUGGUGCAGACUGCAGAGGAGCGCGUCCAACUGGCCGACAUCAGAGCCACCAGAUGGUACCAGUUCAGAGUAGCUGCAGUCAACGUGCACGGGACCCGCGGCUUCACUGCGCCCAGCAAACACUUCCGCUCCUCCAGAGAUCCUACCGCUCCUCCCAGGCCGACCAGUUUACGCGUCACCAAUGUGACGCUCGGCGACGAAGGCCUGGUGACGGCUCGUCUCAACUGGACCCUGCCGGAGGAACCCGAUAUUCCCGUACAUCACUACAAACUCUUCUGGAGCUGGACCGUGCCUGGAAAGUCCACAGUGCCAUCAAAGAAGAAGAGGAGAAAGACCACCAACGGGGCUCAGAACUGGGUGGAUCUGGAGGGACUACAGGCAAACAACACUUUCACCGUGGAGCUUCAGGCCAUUACUUACUGGGGACAGGUGCGUCUGAAGAGCUCCAAGGCUUCACUCCACUUCAGCACCUCCCAGAAUAAUGAUUCAGUAAAGUCAGUGAUCAAGUCAAAGAAGGAGGAGAUAUCCCCUCUUGUUUCCACCUUGGCCAAACGCCCUUCUGGCCCUCUGGAGGUAGGAACGCCCUUCUACCAGGAUGGCCAGCUGCAGGUCCGAGUCUACUGGAAGAACCGGGGAGACCCCGCAGUGAGUCGCUACCACGUCCAGUGGAUGCCAGAAUACUGCAACCACAACGAGACCCGGGGACCAGAGAAGUCUAGUUCAAUCAUUCAUGAGAACUACAUCAACCUCCCCGACCUGCUGUUCUCCUGCAAGUACAAAGUCACCGUUCACAUGAUGAAGUCCAAGAGACGUUCCAAGGACGAAAGCGUCACGUUCCUCACCCCAUCCUGUGCCACCAUCCGGAGCAAGGCUCACAAACACAUCCCCUGUCCAGGGGAAGGAGCUCCAGGGCUUCCCAAAGUAUUGGCCAAGCCGGAGAACCUGACUGCUUCCUUCUCCAUCAGUGAUGGAAACAUCACUGGUAACUUUCUGUGGCGUGUCUCCAGGAUGGAUCCCCACCAGCGGAUUACAGGCUUCCAAGUCACAUGGGCUGAGAUCUCCACCGAGAGCCGGCAAAACAGUCUGCCCAACAGCAUCAUCUCCCAGUCGCAGAUCCUUCCUCCAGAUCAUAACUUGCUGGUGGUGUCCAACCUGAGGCCAUCCACAUACUACAGGCUGGAGGUGCAGGUCAUAACCACUGGUGGAGAAGGUCCCGCUACCGUCAAGACCUUCCAGACACCUAACAUAUUACCAGUUAUUCAGCACCGACCCAGACUGCGGCAGCAUCACUCCCAUCAUCACAAGCCAACAGUAGAGAGACACUGAGCUAGAAAACGAGGCAAUCCAAAACGGAGAAGUACUGAUGGUUCUCAGCUCCUCUCUGUCAGGGAAGGAAUGUGUGGAACCAAACAGAAACACAGCUCCACACCAUGAACUGACCCUCCUGCUCGUGAAAUAUGGGUCCUUAAACGUCACAAUGCAUAAGUUAUUCUCCUUAUCCCUUCUUUUGACUGAUAUGUCAGCAGACAGGUUUUCUGUAUAGUUACGUUUUGACUGUAAAGUCUUUGUUCAUUCAUACCCAAGUUGUCCACUUUAAAAUAGAACCCAGGAUUUGCUUAACAUUUUGGUGGUCCAACAGUUUAACUUGUACAAAAACAUUCUUCACCGGAAAUACUGGGGCAACAACACUGAAGAUGUUUGAGUUUUAGAUCAAAAUAUGAAUUAUGAGAAGACAGUUCAGAAUGGCAGCUGGGAUUUAUAUCGAGAUAUCACCUUUUGUACCAGACCACCCAGAUUUUAGACUAGCAAAAACAGUGGAACUCGUAAGUCUGAAAGUAAAUCACACUUUAUAUUUAGAUCUCUAUCAGUGGCUUGCAAACACUGCAUCAAGCCUACAACUCAUUGACAUUAUGUAUUUAAAGGUUGAUUUUAACAACAGCCUCUUUUAGUUGUUUGACACAAUAGAGGGGCUCGGCUAUAUAAAAUAACACUACAGUUGUACAUUUUAUGGUAAAGGCACCAAAUUUUGCACAGACAUUGUUGGAUAUAUAAUAAAAAAAUAAAUAUCACCUCAACCUCUUUUUCUUUCAUUUUUUAAUUAAUGUAACUGUGGUUGGAAUGCUUUUGGUAUGUAAAAAAAUAUAGAUAAUGACCAUUUUUGUGUGUAACAUAUAGCACUGUAGAUAUAUGAAAACAAAUUUUGCACAGGCAUUGUUUGGUAUAUAAUAAUUAAAACAAAUUGACAUCCUGCCAUUGUCAAUUUUUUUUUUUUCCUCAAAGAUAUAGCAAAUUGCAAGAUGGCCGCCAUGCCGUUCCGUAAUAUCUUUAAAAAAAAUUAUUGAUAUGUUUUACAAACACAAAUGAAGUGUCGUUCCCCUCAGUGACACAACUACACAUUAGAUGGAGAAUAGGCAGGAGUGGCCUUGAACCAGAAACCUUCCGCACUUAAAACAAGUGUACUUAACUGAUUGGCCACCACCCCUGCGUUUGCAUAUCACACAAUAUCUGCGCAACACUUGGUGCAUCAACUAUAAAAUGCACAAUCAUUUCACAUAUCUGGUCCGCUACAAUUCUCUCUUCAGUCUUGUCUUCAGGAAGUGAAAUGCAUGUUCAGUUUGAUUAAGGUCUACUCAUUAUCUUGUCCAGUCUGGGACCUUCCACUUUUGUCCCCCGAUUUGAUAUUUUGUUGAGUUAAAGGUGCAUUUUGGAUCAUCUUCUUGAUUCGUGAUGAAGUUCAGUUCUAUUAUUUUUAAUGUAUUUCUUUGAAAAUGUAUCUAUAGCCUUCUGUAUUCCUUCUGCUGCUACCAUCAUGAGUUACCACGUCAGUAAAGAUUAGUGGGCACGUUCCAGAAGCAGCCAUGAAAGCCAAAGCCACAACACUACCUCCACCAUUUUUCCCAAAUGAACUUGUGUGUUUUGGGUCAUGAACACAGCUUUUCUAUCUCCACACUUUGGGUUUCUUCCACAGAGGUUAAUAUUGGCAUAAUCAUUCUGUAAAACUGCAAAUUCCUGUCUGGCCUUUUGAUUCUUACUGUUGAGUCGUUUGCAUCCUGUGUUCUUUGAAAGGUGGAUUGUGAUACCUUUCUGAAAAGUCGCGACUGUCUCUGCCAUCUUGAAUCUACGACACUAUGUGGGAUUUCGCUCAUUACUGCGUCUUCAUACACAUGGGGAGAGGCAGUGGUUUCGUAGGAUGGGACUAACAUGUACUAAAAGUGCACUUGUAGGCAGUCGCUAUGAAAACACCUAACAGAAAAGCUCUGAUUACAACACACACACAGGGAGUGUUGCAUCAUUCUAUGCGCAGGAUGUUAUGACACCACUACAUCUUUAGAUAGAAAAUAGUUGUUGUCUGCUGUGUUAAUAUUUUAAAUGUCAUUUAUAGGACCUUUAACACAUUUAGAUGCAUUUACCAGAAAAUAGAAGCUGACAUUUUAAACUGUCUUCUCGUAUUUAUCUUUUCAGCUCACACCUUUCUUGAAUUGGCCUUGAUCUUCCAGUACUUUCAGACCACACAAUUAUUAUUUCCAAUGUGACCUGAUGUGAGACAGCAGAUGAACAGAUUAUUGGCAUGAAAUUAGUUUGGGUGUAAAGAAAUAAUUACUUGACUGAAGAUGCUUGAACGUGAAAGGUGUGAAAUUCCACAGAAGUGCAAAUUAACUGUCAUGAAGAUGGACAAAUUAUUUAUUUUGGUACCCAAGAAAAAUGGCGUUUAGGACUUCAGUCAGUACUGAUGGAUAAUGUAACUAAAUUCAUUGUUGUCUAACCCCAAAUAUUCCGCAUAGUAUGUUGCAUGUAGUACAUUUGAUUUAAAAAAAAAAAAAAAAAAAAACCUAUAAAUGAAUUACUGGCUUCAAAUUGAAAGCUUGUAAUGGUUUUGCAUGACAACCAUUAGCAUUCUGUCGGCAUGAAAUAAUGUCUGUUACCUCUUUUGAAUAUGUUAGCAAUAUUUCAUUAACAGAUUAACAAAGAACUAUAUUGGGAGUAAUAUGUGAUGUUUAUUAAUGAAAUUAUAACUUGUGUGGAAAUGAUGAAUUGUACAUGUUCUUGGCUGUAGAAAUAUUUGUCGUGAAGCAGUCAGUGAAUGUCUAUAUUUAUUUAUGUGUGUAUUACAAAGUUUGAUUUGGAUAUGUGUGAAUGUGUGUGCUUUGUGUGUUUUAGUGUUUUGUUUUUUUAACAAAAGAACAAAAAAUCUUGUAAAGACAUUUUGUAAAAAUGGAAUUGUAAAUACAGUCUUAUGUUACAUGUUAUUUUUCCAAGGUAGAAAAUGUACAAACUGCGAAGUAAUAAAAUAAUCCUUAACCAA